AUGAAGAUUUCCAUCGUCUUUAGGCUCAGUCUACAUGUCCUUUUAUCGAGUUUUGCCACUGCAGAGACACAGUAUGGAGUGCUUGGUUUCGGUAUCCCAAUGUACCAGCCAUUAUGUUGUUACUCUUGCCACGAUGCAUUGUCUGCUCUCUACCUAAACUGCACAACCUUCUCGGAAGACAUGAACAUGCAUCACGACGGCAUGGAAAUGAAGCUGCUCAAACGUAUGGACAUGGGGAGUGAAUCAAUGGCAACGACAAGCGAUGCCUGCUAUGCUAGCGAUCGGGUCUGGCUUGAAACCUUUUCCAACUGUAUCCAUGAAAAGUGCUCGAAGGAUGGUGUCGACAAGAGCAUACAGGUACAGUGCUUCUCCAACCUAGCUGCGAACGGACAACCAGUAUCAAGCUUGCAAGCUUCUUUGCCAUCAAAUACUCCCACUGGCGAACUGGAUAUAGAAGCAACCUGGUUGAACUCAACAAGUCUGGUCAACGAACAUGCCUACCUCGCAAACUAUGUGACAAUGAAGGAAUUUGUCUUGUCUGAGCACAGACAUACUCGCUACGCCUUUGCCAAUCUUGCUCUUGCAAUCUUCUUCUCAGGUCGCAACAACUUGCUCAUGUACAUCACUGGCUGGAGUCAGAGCACAAUGCUAGCCAUCCACCGAUGGGCAUCCAGAGUUGCAACCGUGCAGGCUGUCGUGCACUCCAUCAUCUAUACCAUAACCUACUUCUGGACUGGUGGAUCGGUUGCAUACCAGACUGAAGCAGCUAAGCCUUAUUAUUGGUGGGGUAUUAUCGCUACCAUUGUGCUAUGCCUCGCCAUAGGCUUUGCAGUCCUUCCCAUCCGCACUCGGUCCUACGAGAUUUUCCUUAUCACCCACAUAGCUUUUGCUAUUCUUGCAUUGAUGGGUUGCUGGUACCACAUCGAUCUGCGCUUUGGCAACAAAUGGGGUUACAAGGUCUGGCUGUACAUUGCAUUUGCCUUCUGGGCAUUCGAUCGACUGAUGCGCUUUGGUCGUCUGCUGUACUUCAAUAGUUUCGGCAGUCCCAUUGCUGUCGUCAAGCAGAUUCCGCAUACCGAUAUCUUGCAGAUGACUAUCUAUCCGAAGCAAGCUUGGAACGUGAGACCUGGACAGCACUCUUUCUUGUACAUACCUCUGCUUGGCAAGCCUUGGGAGAACCAUCCCUUCACCAUCGCAUCUUGGAGCGGAUCCGAGCCCGGUCGCCAUACGCCAGUCGUCGGAAGCACAUUUGCCGGCAAAGAAGCAGAGGCCCAGAGUGUCGAAAUUGACUGUUCAUCCGCUUCACAACACAGCCACGAGUCGCAACAUCCUCAUAGACUGGUAUGUCUGAUGCGAGCCAGAAAAGGCAUGACCGCCUCACUACUUCGAAAGCUGCAAAGGUCAGGAGCCAGCUCACUCCCCAUAUCUAUUCUUACCGAAGGACUGUAUGGUGGAUAUCGUACUGCGUUGCUGCCACUGAAGACUGCAGACACUAUCUUGUGUGUUGCUGGCGGUAUUGGUAUCACAAGUUGCAUGAGCUUCUUGCAGCAAUACAGCAAUGAAUCACUAUCUACCGCAUCGACUUCGAGAGAAGUGAUGGGCCACACGUCCAAUUUUGUGCUCGCUUGGUCAGCUAGAGAAGAGUCGCUCAUUCAGCAUGUUUCUACCACGCUUUUACCCGACUCUGCUGCAGAGUAG